CGGGCGAGCGCAGGAUGCUGAGAGCGGCCCCGCGCCCUGGUGCUGCUGCCGCGGGGAAAGGGCCCCCCCGGGGCUGAACGUGGACUCUCCCCUUCCUCUCCCGGGCUCUCGGCGCCUCCCCCGGGCCCUACCCGCCCCCGCCGAGUCACCGCCUCCCACAGGAGUAGCGGCGGCGGCGGGGCUGAGCUGCUGCUCCUCCCCCCGGCCGCGCCGCGCGGCGGAAGAUGGCGUGGGUGCUGAAGAUGGAUGAAGUGAUCGAGUCCGGGCUGGCGCACGAUUUCGAUGCCAGCCUCUCCGGCAUCGGGCAGGAGCUGGGAGCCAGCGCCUACAGCAUGAGUGAUGUUUUGGCACUGCCAAUCUUCAAGCAGGAAGAUUCCAGCCUUCCACCAGAGAGUGAGACCAAACAUCCACCGUUUCAAUACGUUAUGUGUGCUGCAACAUCUCCAGCAGUCAAAUUGCAUGAUGAAACUCUUACUUAUUUGAAUCAAGUUAAAUACAAAUUGCUUGAAUUUACCAACAAUAAAAACCAACAGUUGGAUCAUUUCAUUGGUCUGCAGUUAUAUGAUGAAAGUGGUCUGGGACUGUAUUUUAAUCACUUUUGUAAUGACAUAACUAAAAAGUUACAGAAUAUAACAGCAUGUCUAAUGUUAAAGUUGACUUCUGAUAUCAGUGGGAACUGGUGGGUGCUUAACACUGUAGAAAAUGAGUGCUCACCAUGGCCUGAUACUCCUACGGCAUUUGUAAACAACAGCCCUACCCCAACACCAACUUUUACCUCUGCUCAACAUAGUACCUACAGUGUCCCAGACAGCAAUUCUUCCUCCCCAAAUCAUCAAGGAGAUGGAACUUCUCAAGGGUCUGGAGAUCAACUUCAUCCUUCAGCCACAAUCCAGGAAACUCAGCAGUGGUUACUCAAACAUAGGUUCUCUACCUAUACAAGGCUUUUUUCAAAUUUCUCAGGUGCUGAUUUAUUAAAGCUGACAAGAGAGGACCUGGUACAAAUCUGUGGUCCGGCCGAUGGCAUUCGGCUAUAUAAUGCACUGAAAUCCAGGUCUGUUAGGCCCCGUUUAACAAUCUAUGUCUGCCAGGAGCCAUUGAGGAGCAUACAACUGGAAAGGCAGCAAGAUGCAACCAAUGGUGAUAACAGCAAUGGUGCAAUAUAUGUUUAUCAUGCAAUCUACUUAGAAGAAAUGGCAGCCUCAGAAGUCACUCGCAAGCUUGCUUUGGUGUUUAAUAUUCCUUUGCAUCAGAUUAAUCAGGUUUACAGACAGGGUCCUACUGGUAUCCACAUCCUAGUUAGUGAUCAGAUGGUUCAGAACUUUCAAGAUGAGAGUUGCUUCUUAGUCACCACAAUAAAAGCUGAAAAUGGUGAAGGUUUCCAUAUAAUUCUGAAGUGAUGUCAUAGACAGAGGGGUGUGUGUGCGUGUAUAUAUAUAUAUACUGGACUGAUAUUCCAAUGCAGAAUGAAGUCAUGCUUAAUGACGAUGAAGAACAUCCAAAAACUCUUAGGAUUGGACUUCACCAUAUAAAAUGUUUCAUAUUGAAAACACAAGACCUUUCUAAUGAGCUGUUUGAUAGGUGAACUUUCUUAUCACUGCCAUAGCUAAGUGUCCUCAUAAGAGGUAUAAUGCCAUGACAGCCUAUGUACAGGCAUGGAAGACAAUAUAAGCAAAGGUGCUUGCCCGUUACUGAAAUAAGGCAAAUUAUGGCCAGUAGAUACAGUUUCUAGAAGCAGUACUGCUUAUACUGUGUCCAGUUUGGAGAUGAAUGUAAACUUAUUCUGGGGCAUUUACCUUUCUAUGCCAGUUUGUCUAUUACUUGCUUGUACCUUAUGCUGAUUUUAUUUUUUGAUGUUAGCAGAGCACAUAGUAAGCUGUGUGGAGAUGAGUAGUUAAGAUGAUAGUGAUCAGGUUGUGGGGUCUUUGAGAGUAAAGCUGUCAAAACAGCUUCCCUGUGUAAAUUGUGUAUAAGAGUGUACGUAAGAAAUGUAAAUGCCAGAACAGGAUUUUAAUAAGUCCUAGCCAGAUGCAAUAUAUGCAUGCAGCAAACUGCAUUAUAGACAGUACCUUAUUGAAAGGAUUAACAUAAAUCCUGUGGGGUACGAAGUAAUUGUUUUGCUUUUAACAAAUUUAAUGGAAAAAAAUUGCCUAUGCAUCUUUAAGUUUUAGUUUCUAGUUUCUCUAAGAAGCACUGCUGUGGGGUUUUUUUUUUUUGCUUUUUAAAAUGGUGGGGUUAAAAACAUCAAACUGCCAGUAAUGAUGAUUGAGGGGGGAGGGCGAGAAUUGUGCUAACAGGGAAAUUUGGCAUGAAGGGGCUACAACACAGCUUUAAGUAUUGUCAAUUAUGUUGCUCAAGAAACACUAAAUAUACAAUCACUUAUUCUCUUUAUGGGCAGGUAUCUUGACUUUUUCUGUGAUUUCCUUAUUCUCAGAUUGAUUCUGUACAUUUUUUUUUUUUACACUGCCUCUUCCAUAUGACCAAAUACUUGAUUUUGAAAAAUCUCAUUGCUUAUUUCAAAAGAUGAGUUUUUCCUUGAAAUUGUCAAAUCUAUGGCAGUGAAAUUCAAACAUUUAAUAUUUAAUGUCCACUUAGAGUUUAUGGUAUGAAUUACAUCUCUACCCUGAUAUAACGCAGUCCUCGGGAGAAAAAACAAAAAAAAAAAAAUCACCGUGUUAUAUCAAACUUGCUUUGGCCCCGUUCCCUGACACACACACACACACCCCCGGCACUCAUGGGCAGCGGAGCAGCCUGUUCUGCUCCAGGUGAGCGUGGGAAGGUUGGGGAAAGGAUUGCCCCACCCCCACUGGCAUUUCACUUGUGGUGGGAAACAGUGAUGCAGCCCUAGCCUGCUCAGCUUCCCUUGCCAGGGCCCCCAACAGUGCCCUCCCACAGCUCCUGCCCCCCCUCAGAUCCGUGUGUCAGAGCUUUACCUGCCUUGUAUCACAGUGUGUUAUAUGGGGGUAGUAGUAUAUUAAUUAGGUACUCUGGGGAAGAUUUUUCAAAGACAAAAAAUUCCCCUUUAACUCUCAGUAUCCCCCAUCAAUUUGAAAGUUUUGAAUGCUGUAGUGCGAAAUCAUUUAUAGAGAAAAAACUACUACAGCAUUCAAAAUGCUACUUUGAUAUUAUUUAAUUUCUUCCUUAAAGUGCUUACCAAGAAAGCCUUUCUAAAGGUCUAGCAAUUCUGUGAACUUAAAUGUUUUUCUACACUGAUAAAAUGGAAUUGUGUGGACUUAAGUUUGAGUUUCUUCUGCCUGUAAAUUGUUCAUCUUUUGGUAUUGGUUGAGUCUUAAUAGUUUAUUGAACUGACAAUUGUCAUUUUGCCUCAGCACAAUUUUCAAAUCCCAAAUGUUUUAUAAAAGUGGAAAAAUCCUUGAUUGGAAAGUAUCCAACUAGUGAUCUCAUUUUAAAGGAACUGUAUAGUCAUUUGUGCAGCUCACUUGAAAUUGGAAUUAAAUUAUGGCACCAGCAAAUGGCUUUUGUUUUAAGAUGUACACAUUUCAAUUUAUGUAUAAUAAAUGUUUUUCAAUAAUUUUGUAAA